AUGAUCAGACAACUCUUCACAGCCGCCGCGCCGUCGGCGCGCAUCGCAUGCCCGCCCCUCAAGACCCAGAUCAGACAACCAUGGCAGCUCACUGUACGACCACAUCCGUGCAUCUCCCAGUCUCCAAACUCAACCUCAUACCUGUUGACUCCGCAGAAACCCACAACUCUCUGCCUUUCCGCACGCCUCUUCUCUAGUACACCCAUUCACCAAUCGUCCCCCUUCCGCCUCUCCUCCGAUAAUCACACGCCCUCUCCGUUCGAAGAAGAUCGCUACAGCAAAUACAAGCCCAAGCGACAAUGGCCCCCAGACAUGUCGAAGCUCUCACCAAAACAUCAGUUCCGACUGGAACGGAAGUACCGUCGGCGCGCGGCGCUGAAGUAUGCUCGGCCCCAAUUUGUGAAGGGCGUGCAGUUGGCGCAGUGGGCUAUUAUUGGAUUUGUUGUGAUCUACGCGGUUCUGUUCAUGAAUUGGGACACUAAAGAUACGCCGUUUGAUGGGAUUCGCGAGAAUGUAUUUGCUAGUAUCCGUGGCGUGUUCUCUGCGCCGCCGCCUCGUGGUCCGAACCAGGCUGAUGAGAAGAACGAGUCAUCUUAA